CUCUUUAAAAGGCCCUCAUUCCUGCCCGUCGCCCAUCUCCAGUCAGGCACGAUGCUGCUGCUUGCUCUCAGCCUCCUGCUGGCUGCUGUUUCCUCUGUGCCCGUCCAGAAGGAGGAGCAGAAGGACCAUGGCAUUGACAUUUACAGCUUCCACAUCAAGUCUGAGGUCAGGAGCCGCUACGCCAUGACUGUCAUCACCAGCCGUGUAGCCAACCUGGCUAAUGAGUCCCGUGAAGUGAACUUCCAUGUGGAGAUGCCCAAGCACGCCUUCAUCAGCAACUUUAGCAUGACCAUGGAUGGACAAACCUACAAUGGAGUGGUGAAGAAGAAAGCAGAGGCCCAGCAGCAGUACGACAAAGCCGUUUCCCGUGGCCAAAGCGCCGGGCUGGUCAGCUCAGUAGGUCGCACGCUAGAGGAGUUCACGACCUCGGUGACGGUAGCAGCACACAAAAAAGUGACCUUUGAACUCACGUACGAGCAGCUUCUGAAGCGACGUCUCGGCCAGUACGAGCUCCUCAUCAAAGCCAAGCCCACGCAGGUUGUGAAGGACUUCAAGAUUGACGUGCACAUACGCGAGAGGCAGGGCAUCCGUUUCCUGGACACGCGGGGAGAGCUCGUGUCCACAGAGCUGUCCAAGGUUGUCAACACCACGCUGUCGGAGAAAGAGGCCCGUGUGCUCUUUGCCCCCACGCGCCAGCAGCAGCGGCAGUGUCCAGGCUGUGGGGCGGAUGGGCUCAGCGGAGAUCUGCUCAUCGUCUAUGAUGUUAACAGGCCUAAGACAAAGGGUGACCUGCAGAUUUCACAGGGUUACUUUGUGCAUUACUUCGCCCCUACUGACGUCAACCGCACCUCCAAAAAUGUGGUGUUCAUCAUCGACCAAAGCGGCUCGAUGCACGGGCGGAAAAUCGAGCAGACCCGUGAGGCACUGUUAAAGAUUCUAGACGACGUCCCCGAGGACGACCAUUUUGCCCUCAUCACCUUCGACAGCACGGUCCGUUCGUGGAAACCACAACUGGUCCGGGCCACGCCCGAUAACCUGGAAGCUGCUCGGUCAUUCGUGAGGAAGAUCCAAGACCUCGGAGCCACCGAUAUAAACGCCGCAGUGCUGGAAGGGGUGAGGAUGCUGAAAGUCUUCACCGAUGGUCAAAAAACCAACAAAACCGCCUCUAUCCUCAUCCUGCUGACGGACGGAGACCCAACAUCAGGAGUCACCAAUCUGGACACCAUCCGGGCCAAUGUGAAGGAAGCCAUAGGCAGGAAGUACACGUUGUACUGCCUGGGCUUCGGGUUCGACGUUAACUACGAGUUCCUCGAGAAGAUGGCUCUGCAGAACGACGGGGUCGGACGCAGGAUUUACCCCGAUUCAGAUGCUGCGCUGCAGUUGCAGGGCUUCUAUGAGGAAGUGGCCACACCCCUCUUGUCGGACGUCGAAAUGAAUUACGCCGGCGUGUCCGACGUCACCCAAACGACCUUCAGCCAGUACUACAACGGCUCCGAGAUCGUGGUCGCUGGUCACGUCACCGACAAUGAGCUGGAAACACUUAGAGCUGUGGUCAAGGGUUACUCGGAAGGUAACGAGGUCAAGUAUGAAGAUGCGUCUUCGAAGAAUGACGAUGCCACGGACGCCUACAUCUCUGACGUGUACAUUCAAAGACUGUGGGCUUACCUGACAGUGCAGCAGCUGCUGGAAAAAGAAGUGCUGCUCAGCGGCAGUGACAAAGAGGCCAUCAGAGAGCGCGCCCUGAACCUCUCUCUCAAGUAUAGCUUUGUGACUCCGCUGACCUCCAUGGUGGUCACUAAGCCGGAGGGGGACAAGUCCCAGGUGCUCCACAAACCCAAGGAGGGCAAGCCAGGCUCCAAAGAAACUUCCAAUAUGAGGCGAGGUUUUCGACCUCAGACUUUACCUGAUGCGGGUGGCAUCUCCCACAGGAUGGUUGGACCUUCAUACAAAUCACGUGUUUCUAUGCCCAACAGAAACCCUUUAGGUGAGCGUGGUCUUCCUGGUCCUCCUGGAUAUCCCAGAUACAUGGGUAUCAGGCCUCCUGAUCCCCACGCAAGGUUACAUCAUUCGCCACCCCAAAUUGCCAUGCACAUCGACUACAUGGACUCCCCAUUGGUGAAACUUGCUGACGUGACGGGCGUUGUGGACUAUGACAAUCUGGCAACUCACGUACCGCACGACACGGAUGCGGACUACGGCAUUUGGGCAACUCGCACACCUGCUCCUGAAAGCGGGAGGACCCUCAGGAUCGUGCUUCCGGCGGCGGGGCAGAAUAUCCCGCUGUGCUUCGACGUGCCGGUUCCCUACCGGCUUACCUACAAGCUGCUGGAGGACUCCGCUGCCGGGCUACUGGUGCUGGGCCAGGUUGGCGUCGCCCGCCACAAGGACUUCCAGCAGCUCAGCAUUCGCACCAAAGAUGGAGGAAAUGUCACGGUGGACACGAGCCACAUUCAGCUCUCCAAGGGCCAGCAGAAGAAGCUUCUUUCUUGGCAUCAGUCUUCUGCCAGACAUCAGUCAAACAGGUUAUCACUGCUCAAACAGGACCACGUCUUGGAGGUGACGGUCGGUGGGACCCGCAUCGACAUCCUGCUCCACAAGGAGGGUCAAGAGCACUUCCUGUGGCCAGCUGUCAAAGAGCGCCCCCUAGGGAGCUCAGCCACAGGGCUCAUGGAGCAGCACCGGGUAUCAUAUGAAGAAAAACAGGUGUCACCCUCUGUAACACUGGAGAUCCAAGGGCACCAAACGGUGGCACAGAGGAACUCCGCGACGGACUAUAGCGCCCCCUCCAGGCCCACGGUCAGCUGCUGGCUGGUGCCGCACCACUCCGUCGUGCAGGGGGAGCUGUCCAGCCUCACGGUGCGGGAGCCCUAGAGCGGCGACGCGUCUUUCGCCGGCCGUCCACGCCGACCCUCCGCACCGCCUCUCGGCCCACUCGGCACGUUCUCCCUCACAUAUGGAAAAAUUCAAUAAAACAUGCACUAGCAACA